CGAUGCUCCAGCUGCUGAGUUCCCUUCUCCUUGUGGCCCUUGCCUCGGGCUGCGGGAAGCCCUUCUACAGCCCCUUGGGCCGUGUGGUUAAUGGUGAGGAUGCAGUUCCCUACAGCUGGCCCUGGCAGGUCUCCCUGCAGUAUGAGAAGAAUGGAGCCUUCUACCACACCUGUGGUGGCACCCUCAUUGCCCCCGACUGGGUCCUGACUGCAGGCCACUGUAUCUCGGACUCCCGGACCUACCAGGUGGUGCUGGGCGAGUACAACCAGGCAGUGGAGGAGGGCCCCGAGCAGGUGAUCCCUGUCAACGCUGGCGAACUCUUCGUGCACCAGGACUGGAAUGAAAACUGCGUGGCUUGUGGCAACGACAUCGCCCUGGUCAAGCUCUCACGCAGUGCCCAGCUGGGGGACGCCGUCCAGCUCGCCUGCCUCCCUCCUGCGGGUUACAUCUUGCCCCACGAGGCCCCCUGCUACAUCAGCGGCUGGGGCCGUCUCUACACCGACGGGCCUCUCCCUGACAAGCUGCAGCAGGCCCUGCUGCCCGUGGUGGACCACAAGCACUGUUCCCGGUGGGACUGGUGGAGCUCCACUGUUAAGACAACGAUGGUGUGUGCUGGCGGGGACAUCCAGUCUGGAUGCAAUGGUGACUCUGGAGGACCCCUCAACUGCCCCACCGCGGAGGGCACCUGGGAGGUCCACGGUGUGACUAGCUUCGUUUCUGGCCUGGGCUGCAACACCCUGAAGAAGCCCACGGUGUUCACUCGCGUCUCGGCCUUCAUUGACUGGAUUAAGGAGACCAUAGCAAGCCACUAGAGCCAUGGCGAGCUGGCAGUGCCAAUCCCAC